CCUCAUUCACGCAUCCAACAUGGCGGCGAGCGGCACGAAUAGACGAAACAGCGUCAACAUGUUCUUAUUUUCUGCCAUUAUUUGUUGCCAUCUUUUAGUCCAGACAUGUCUCUCGGCUCCCGUGGGCAACUCGAACGGCACCACUCCUAAACACGAGUCACAACCAGGUGAUGAUGGUGAUGCAGCUUCAGCUCUGAACACAGGAAACGACAGCAUGAACAACUCAGUGCCUUCAGAACUCAACCAAACUCAGCAUGACCCCGUCGCAAACUCAAACGACCCCCAAAGUCCAGACCUGACAGAAGAAAAUAACUCCAGUCCACAAGAUCCUGCUUCAGCGCCCAACUCAGGAAACUCCAAUAAUUCUGGAAAUCCACCAGUUUCCAAAAACAUUGAAGCAACCACAGCAGGGAAGACAAAGGACAGUUCCGAAACUGCCCCAAAACCUGAUCCGCCAACAACAACAACAACGACGACGACCGGAAAGAAGUCUAGCGCCGUGAAUCCUAAUGCUUCGCAAGCUGCAUCAUCUUCACACUCGACUGCAGAAGGAGAAGAUCCAAUACAGAACAAUGAUAAUAGCCAUGAAGAUAAUGGUACUAAAGCUGGUACUGGAGAUGAUGAUAAGGAUGACAGUGGUAAAAAGAAUGCUAGUACUGAGAAAACAGCAACAACACAAAGUCCGGUUAAUGUGGAUACUGGAAAGACUACCGCUACAGCAGGUCUAAGUGACAUAACCAUGACCAAAGCGCCAACAUCUCCACAAAAGACAACCAAUUUACCUGAAGAUAAGCCUAUGGACAAUUCGGAGAUGACGGUGAUUGGUUCUUCGGAAACAGGGGGCGAAGGGGGCGAAGAGGGCGAAGAGGGCGAAGAGGGCGAAGAGGAGGGCGAGGAGGGCGAGGGCGAGACAGAGGACAAGACCAAACCCACAGAGGUCACAGAAGAGACUGACCUGACCACUCUGCCCGAAAUGACCACAGAUGGGAAAGACCUGCUGUCCAGAGUCACCAGCAAACAGGACAUGGAGCAGGGCAACUUUUAUGCUGAGGAUGAAGAUGAAGACGAAGACGACGACGCAUACAAUGACUACGACUCCCUGCUGAGGCCCGGGGGGAACACGGGUGUGAAGGAGGAGGAGACGAGGCCAAACGCGGUGCCCAAUCAGUUCGUGACGCGGCUGGAGGUAGUCGACACGAGCGAGCAGAACUCUCACUUCUUCUUUCACCUCGUCGUCCUCAUCAUCCUCGUCGCCAUCGUCUACAUCACCUACCACAACAAGAGGAAGAUCUUUCUUCUGGCCCAGAGCCGGCGCUGGAAGGACGGUCUGUGCUCCAGGAACUCGGUGGAGUACCAUCGCCUGGACACCAACGUCAACGAGGCCAUGCCCUCCCUCAAGAUCACGCGGGAUUAUAUCUUUUAACCCCGCCGCACCCUCUCUCCGCUACAUCUCUUAACCCGACCUUCCCUUUCAGACUCGUGCAAUGUUUCGCUGUAGACUCGUGGUUCUCAAACUGAAAGAAAUUGCGCUACGUUGAAUCCCAAUCUGAAAUCCGUGCCAUACCACCCUCACGUUACCAGUCACACAUCGCCAGCACACGCAAUAGCUUUGAAAACCGCUCGAGAAAAGCGCUAAUUGAUCAAAUGUUUAGUUUAUAGAUGAAUUUUUGAGCCAGGACUGAUAUCCAGUAUUUGUUUUGCCAUUGUGGCCGAGAGCUGAUACUGAUAUUAAGCAUUUAAAAUCUAUAUAUCUGCAACAUUUUCAAUAUUGGACCAAUACCGAUAUCUGGGGAAAUCUGCUGAUAUCGCCGAUAAUGCAUAUAAAGAUCAUUCUGAUGUCAAAACCAUGUGUCGCGUAUCAAAUUUGAGAAAACGAUCAAUGCAUUCCUAGUACCGUAUUUUCCGCACUAUAGGGCACUCUGGAUUAUGGUCUAUUUUAGAACUUUUUUCACAUAGAAACCGCACCGGGCUAUGAGGCGUAUUAAACGAAACACAACAGUUAGAUAAGUCAGUCAAAUUUUAUUUAACACGUUCACAAUAACUCUCAACUUUGUUCAAUUGUAAUGCAUAAAAAAAAUAAAAAUACUGUCUGAGAUGCUAAAUUGUUGCGUAUUCACAAUAAGUUAUAAUAGUCCAAAGAGUUGGGUGAUUCCGGCGUCCAGCUCGUCCACAUCCCUCUCGUCAUUAUCCGAGUCAGUGUGGUUACUGUUCCCUGGCAGUUCAGUGAUGAUUCUGGUCUUGGUGAAAGCUCGGACCACAGUUGAUACUGAUCCUUAGCCCAGACGUCCACGAUCCUUUGAAAGAUCUGAACUAAAGGUCAAACUUGGCUGUUGACAGAUCAGUAAGUCACUCGCCGCUGUCUCUCUGUCUUCGUGAAUGUGUAUUCUUCUUCUCUCAUCCACUGCUCUCACACAGCUCACAUUUUAACUUUAUAACAUUCUUGAGUUUAAAGUGGGCGUUGUGAGCGUGUCUCUUGACAGGUGCAUUUUGAUAUUAAAAGGAAUCACAGUCUGCAUUACUCCUGAUGCUCCUGACUACGGGAGCCGUAAUGCUGCAAGUGGAGCGGCUUUGUAGUUUACUAAAGCCGUACUAAGACACCCCAAUAAAUUCAUAUAUAAGGCGCAGUCAUUUUUUAUUAAAUUAAAGGCUUUUAAGUGCGCCCUAUAGUGCGGAAAAUACAGUAAAUCAAUUCCAUUAAGUAAAUCACCUUCCUCAGACUCAAAUUGUCUUCAUCAAGGUAAGCCUUAACUGCCUUUUGAGUGUUACUGCCCCCUGCCAACUCAAAACGUACACUACAGGUCAAAUCCUCACACAUUUCUCUAUGGGGGACGGUAAAAGUUUACCUUAACCUUUCAGCGAACUAUAUUUGGAGAUGUUCAACUUAAAAUAUCUAUUCAAAUGUCGAAAAAGUAGAUGUAGACAGUAAGGAAUGGGACAAGAUCUCACCAGACAAAAAUGCCACAAGACUGCGCACAUGAGAAAAAUGAUAUCGUGAGACUUUUUUUCCUCAUUUUGGUUUGGACAAAAAAAGAAUUAAGGUCUUUUGAGAAGCUGUAGUUCCAAAAAGCAGAGUAGAAUGACGACAAAAAUAUGAAAUGAAGUAAAAACAAAGUCCGAAGCGAAGUUUGGGAACUAAAUCCAACUAUUUACACCUUAGAAAUUAUGUCAAAAUCUCGUUUUGUCUCGUUCUCCCAAUCUCGUGUCUCGUCUCGUCUUGUGGAAAUCGUCUCGUCCCAUUCCUAGCGGUCAACCACCCGGACGCAUCCCUCAGUUUGAGAACCACUCACUCACAAAAUUAUUUUCUGUUAAAGUGCUUUUUUUUUUUUUAUAGAAUAGUUUAAUCGUAAAUGUAUUUUCUUAAUUUAAUAAUUUCGUAUAGUUUAAAUGGGCCAUAUUACGCUGUUUUCUGAUCUAUGUUACAAUCUUUGUUUAUUAAAAAUACACUCGGAGUUGUGUUUUAGUUCAUUUCGCGUAAUACAGGAAGCGUGUUUUUAAACUUGAAAACCACCACAUCAUGACAUCACAAGGUGGAAUAGAGCAUUUUGAGCUUUGGAGAUGUAAACAGACUAAUAAUAAAAGCUUAAUCAAACGUGCAAAUGAAAAUAAAACACAACUCGGGGCCCGUUUUUGAGGAGGUAGCAACGUUCUAACAUGGCUUGAAGCUUGUGCGUAAUACAGGACCUUUUAUAAUAUUAUUGUAGUUUAUUUGGGGUCUUAUUUGUCUUAAUCAAUGGGAGAUUUUUCCAGCCUUACACUUUUUUAUAUUUUGUUAAAUUAUCGAUACUCUGAAGUAAUGUUACUUUUUGCUGAAGACAGAAAUGAAAAGUAAAUGAGCCAAAAAUAAGUCGUAUGAUUGAAUGUGACGUCCUUUUGAGAGGGACUUUUCUGUACUGAAGUUGGCUGUAUCUGGUAUUUUUCAACUAUCUUAAAGUUCAAUACGUAAAAGGAGACUUGAAGGCGCACUUGGUAACAGCUUGUCUCCAUGGUGAUACUGUUACGUUGCCUGGAUGUUCCGCAGCGUGGCACUUUUUCAAUUUAUUUUCGUAUAAACCAAAAACUUGGCAUCGUUUCACAUUGUUGAUUUAAAGAAUUGAAAGUUAGGAAAUCAAUUUUGUAUUAAAUUUCCACGGAGACGAGAAGGAAUGACGUCACCAGGCCUGGGUUACGGGACAGAUCUGCGGAGUGGGGAGCGCACUCAUAGUUAAAAGGUCCGCAGCAACCCCAACAGAAAUACAUUUAAUGCCAUACUAUGCGACAUUCCAGACAACGCAAUAGGGCUGGAGAUUGGUCGACUAAAGACGUGCUGCUGAUUGACCCGUUGACAAAAAAAAAACUCUUUCUCCUCAUUUCUUCUCCUCGAUUCUGCAGGAGAUGGGUGAGGAAGUCUCGCCCACAGAGGAGACACAGGGAGGAGAGAGGAUACAAACUCCUCACUGAGACUGAUAAAAUUUUAUUCUUUUCUCUGAUGCUUGCCCUUGAAGCCUCCCUCAAAUUUUCGUCUUCAUUCCGUGGUUUUCUUCGGGACACCACAUACCGUAUUUUUUGGACUAUAAGUCGCACCAAACUAUAAGUCGCACUUUUGGGGUGGAAGUGUAUUUUAUAAAAUCAGAGACCAAGUUGUAGUAAAAACAAAAGAAGAGAGAACAACAGACUGUUAACGUCACUUGUGAACAGUUCUUCAGAUAAACUAUAACAUAAACAACAGAACAAGUUUACCAAACUCUCCAUCUCACUCCAAAUCACUAAAUCCAUUCAAUUCUUCAUCCUCGGUGUCACUUCUGAACAACUCGGCCUCGACCUCCGGAUCAGCAUCAGUUCCAGUUAUUCGGGUCUUUCUGAAUCCCGACAGGAUGGUUUCAGUGUCACUGAAGUCCAGGCUUUGUCCAUCCAUCCAGUGACUUCAGGAAAGUUUCAUGGUGCAUCCUCCCGGUGUCAAAUUUCUCUCUUACUCCAAACUUUUUUCUGCUGCUUGAUUAUCAAUUUCAGCUGCAGAUUUCACGACUUGCAGUCUUAUAAUCUGCAAAAUCUGAUUUUGUUUUUGGGGGCAUUUGUGUUCAGUCUUCUCAGUCGACUUUAUAAGUUUGUUUAAAUGUUAAAUUGUUCAGUGGUACAGAAGUAAUUGUGCAAUCGACUGACAUGGUACAGACAGGAACAGAGGCUCUUUCUGCAGGAGACAUGUGCAGUAGAGUGAAGUGACAGUGGUACAGGAGUAAUAUGAGUAGCAGAUACUGACACAAAAGACUAGAGCCUCUCGCCGCUUCAGUGUGAACAUUUUAAUAUAUAAGUCACAGGAAACACCCAAACCAUGAAAAAAAGUGCAACUUAUAGUCCGAAAAAUCCGGUAAUAUGACACAUUAAUUGACAGCUGAAAAAUGGAGAAUUGAGGAGAGGAAUCGAGGAGAAGGAUGCGAGGAAAGAGAAAUGAGAAGCGACCACUCUCUCUGUGUAUCUGACCCAAAGUGCACUCACAAGGCUUCACCUGCAGGGGGAGUUCAUGCAAAAAAAUAGUACAAAAAAAGUACUAGGAAACAAUGUAUUUAUAUAAAAACAGACGCAACUUGUGAGUGAAAUCUGCCUUUUGACACAGAAAUACCAAAAAAACAAAAACAAAACACAAUCUUCAGCUAAAUCACUCACUUUUUUCUGUAAUCUAAAUACAAUGCAGUAACAUCUCCAUGGAGACGAUCUAGAAAGUUCCACAGUGCGCCUUUUAAUCCUCUUGAUAGCGGUCGUGCCCUCCUUUUGUUUGUGCAGUUUAGUGAAGUCAUCUGAACGGAGCAGAUCUGUCUUCGCCUGCUCCCGUGGCUCUCGCAGACGUGUGCGUGGAGCCGACCGCCCGGUUCCUUUUAUGGCUUCGGUGAAGUCUCUUGUCGAUCAGCUGUAAUUUAUUUUAACAAUCCUCACUGAGAAUGUGCACUAUUAUGUAAGAGACAAACAGCCUGGGAAAAACAAGAGAACGCUGCACGAUGGAAUGAAUGAGUAUGAACUAGGGUUGACAGAAAUAUAGGCGAGUUUCAGCUGACGUCAUUGUUAUUAAAAGCCCGCGUUGCUGCUGAGAAAUAUUUUGGUCGGAGGCAAGAAAACACGAUAGCGUCAAACACAGUGCGUAACCUCGUGUAUUUAUCCCCGAUAAUGGUAAAUUCCUGCUGCAUUAUCGGAUGCACAAAUAGAAGCACGGAAGAAGGAAAAUGUCUUUUUCGUAUUCUGAGUGAAAAGAACAGCUAACGGUGAAUUAAACGGCUUUCAAACAUCCGCAGAGCAAACGUAGAAGAUCCUAACAAACCGUGGACUCCAACAAGUUCAACAACACAUCGAGACUCUUGGAGGUUUUCAUCUUUUCUGCUGUGAAUGGCCCAGGAGUUUCCACCAAGUCAUUGUGGAUAUCGCCCAAGUGAAUAUUUGUCCAGGUAGUUGGCGAUUCCGACCAGAAAUUUGGUUUGGUCCACCUUUUGUCGGGGUUGAAAAGGGUGAUUUGUCGUCCGUCGAUGCUUAUGACCAAUUUCUGGUCAAAUCAUCUUGGGUCCUCUGCCGUUAGAGUGGAUAAAUAACCGGGAUCAAUACCCUUUACGUGCUUUCUCGCUCCGUCCGUCAUGUUGAAUUAGUGUUUCUUGCCGCCGACCAAAAUAAUUCCCAGCAUGCAACGCGCGCUUUUGUCAACAAUGAAACUCGCCUAUUGAAAAUCAGAUAAUAAUCAAGAGAUGUAACAAUAUCGAAAUCCCUCGGUACGAUAUUUUCACGACAUGCAUUUCACGGUGUCAUGGUGCGAUAUGUUGUGGAAAAGUGUGAAAACGCCACUUUUUCUUUUUUAAAGCCUUGGAAAAGUGUUGAAAAGCCUUUGGUACACUUAUGUUAUGAAGAAUUAAGGCAAAGGAGAAAUUAAAUUUGUCAACUGGACAGAAGUUUAUUUGGUCAAGUACGUUUCGCGGCUCGUCCAAGCUGCUUCUUCAGUUCUGAAUUUGAUUUGAAUUUCUCCUUUGCCAUGGAUUCUGCCUGGACAACGGGGAUUUUUCACACAUGAAGAAUUCAGAUUUAAAAGUGCUUAAUAACAGCUAUUUCUUCAUGUAAAUCUGCACUGACAACAGCAAAGGAUCAUGGUCUAUGUAGUUCCCUCUGUUUUUUUGAGCUACUGCUGCACCACGGCAAAGCAAGACAAGUUUAUUUGUAUAGCACAGUUCAACCCCAAAGUCAUUCAAAGUGCUUUACAGAAUAAGACGAUACAACAAUUUUGACGAUACGAUAUGAAAUUUCUGUUAUUGUUACAUCCCUACUAAUCAAAAGUAAAACUAGUAAACCAGAUACACAUUUGAGCAGGUAUCGAUACUCAAAGUUCCAUUCACAGGACAGAUAUGAACCUUUCCUGAAAGUCUUUAGAAUGAUCUUGAACUCAUGGAGCACUACAGAACCUACUUGGGCACAGAUAUAAGACAAAAAAAUACUGAAAAUCACAUUCUAUUGUCUAAAGAGUGUGUUUUAUUAUCAUUUUGGAAUUGGUAUUGAGUAUUGAGUCUGUUCUUUAGUAUCUUGACAGCUCUAUAUAUGUACUUCUAUAUGUUCUCCUCCUCGUUUGUGGCUGCUGCUGAAUGUUGUGACGAGCAGACAGGAGCCUCAUCGCGGACGUUCUCCCGCUUUUCUCAGGCUGUGGUUUUGCUGUCAGUCUGGCGUUGACAUUUUCUUUGGUCGUGUUAUUAACUGUACGGUAUGUGAAUUGAAAGAGAGAGAUUAUAAUGCACAGCGACGCUUCGAUCGCUCACACCCCAUGUAAAGAAGAAACGCUUUCUGCAAUCAAAGGUAGAAACUGUACUCUAUCGAAACUGUCUGAAUAAAGCACAAAUCUGUA